CAAAACCAAAUAGGAAGCUGACAUUCCUGUACCUGGCCAAUGAUGUCAUACAGAACAGCAAAAGGAAAGGACCAGAAUUUACGAAAGACUUUGCUCCAGUAAUAGUGGAGGCUUUUAAGCAUGUUUCAAGUGAGUCUGAUGAGAGUUGUAAGAAACACCUUGGCCGAGUGCUGUCUAUCUGGGAAGAAAGGUCUGUUUAUGAAAAUGAUGUAUUAGAACAACUUAGGCAAGCUUUGUAUGGAGACAGAAAGGUGAGGAAACGCACAUAUGAACAAAUAAAAGUUGAUGAAAAUAACUGUUCACCUCGAAGUUCUCCGACUGAUCCUCCACAGACCACAGAUCUCAUUAGAGCUUUACAAGAACUAGAAAACGCUGCCUCUGGGGAUGCAGCAGUUCAUCAGAGAAUAGCUUCUUUGCCUAUAGAGGUCCAAGAUGUGUCCCUAUUAGACAGAAUAACAGAUAAGGAAUCUGGAGAGCAACUUUCCAAAAUGGUAGAUGAUGCAUGUAUGUUGCUGGCGGAUUACAAUGGCAGGUUGGCAGCUGAAAUAGAUGAUAGAAAACAGCUAACUCGAAUGUUGUCAGACUUUCUCCGAUGUCAAAAAGAAUUCCUUGCAGAGAAAGAACAUAAACUGGAA